CUCUGAAGGAAGUAGAGUGAACCACUUGUACUCUUUGCCGUUAUCGUCAGAAUGUAUUGAAUCGUAAUAUCGUCAGAGCGUAGUGUGCACAUAUUUUCUCAGGGUGCGCGUCGGAAAAAGCGUUCCAACGUAACCGGCCCGAUGGCCGUUCUCAGGUUUCUCUCUGCGUCUUUCUAUUGAAGGGAAAAGUAAACUUGGAAAAUGAAUAGCCGCAACGUGGAAAUAAAAGGAAGGCUUAAGGAUAUUAAUUAUGCUAUAUCAAAAGCUAAAGAGCUAAGUGGUUCAAAUAACGCAGUUAUAAUAAAACAACAUGAUACUUUCUUUAAAGCGGCGGAGGGAAGGUUAAAGAUACGAAAAUUUGAUGAUAACACUGCAGAGUACAUUUUUUACAAACGACCUAACGUACUAGGACCUAAAUUAUGUAAUUACAAUAAAAUAGCAUUAAAUUCAGAUAUUUCUAAGUUGCUUAUGAAUAUUUUAUCAGAAUCUAUGGGUGUAGUAGGAGUUGUUAAGAAAAUCAGGCAGUUAUUUAUUGUUGGACAAACUCGAAUACAUAUUGAUCAAGUUGAUGGUUUAGGCAAUUUCAUAGAACUUGAGGUAAUGUUGCAAGAAAAUCAAGAUAUUGAAACUGGACAAAAAAUCGCCGAUGAGCUUAUGCAAGCACUCUCUAUAACAAAAGAUGAUUUAAUCGCCGAGGCCUACAUAGAUUUGCUUAACAAAACAAAUGUAUAAAUAGAAUAUUUGUACUUUCUACUCAAAAAAUGGAAUUGUAUAUUUAAAUGA